AGUUUCCAACCAACUGUUUGGGGAAUCGCCGUGACCCAGCGGAGCAAAGAUGUUGCUGUGUCCCUGGUUCCUGGUGCUGAUUUUCAGCUGUGGAUGUUUGGCUCAGACCCUGACCCAGUCCAGAGCUUCGAUGUCCAGGUCUCCCGGAAAAACAGGGAUAAUACCGUGUCAAGUGACUGGAGCCACGGUUAGCAACAGUGAGCCCCUUCACUGGUACCAGCAGAAACCCGGCCAGCCGCCUACCAGGAUACUCUACAUUGGAGACAGCGUGACGCGAGAUCCAGGAUUCGGGAAUUCUUUCAAAGCGAGAAAAGUUUCAAAUUCCGAAUUCCAACUUGUAAUCGAAAAAUUAACGCAUGACCAAGCGGCCAUUUAUUAUUGCGCCUACAUGCUGUACACAGUAUGCAACAGAAACAGAAACUCCGCACAAAAAGCCCGAAGAGCCGCCAGUCAGCCGGAGCAGCGGAGAAGGCAGCGAACCCCAGAGGGACUUGCGCUUACCCCCUUCCGCCGGGUCAGAAGUUGGGGUUCGGACGACAGUCAGAGGCUCUCCUUGUAUGGAUCAGUGGGCGAGGGGCUCUGUCACCAGAAAAACGCCGCGUGGCCCGGCCGGUGGGGCGGUAGGGAGCCUCACAUUGUCCGUCUCCUGGAGAGACUGAUUCCCCGGCGCGGUGAGCUGAGCGUUAACCGCUGGCUUCCAAAUCCCAUCGACUACGCUUCUUACAAACGGGCGCUGUAA